AUGGCGGGCAACAUUGUAGUUUUGGUGGACUUGACCGGCGACGACGAGGAAGUUGAUGUUAUCAACGUAACGGGGGACACCAUCGUGUUGAACGAUGACACGCUCGAGGAUGAGGUCAUCGCUGAAUACAAAGAGACCUGUGAUCUGCACAGCAUAACCGUUGAAGCCUAUUUGAAGAAAAGCCCAGAUUAUAACACAUACAGAGACAUCUGGGAGAGCCUCAGCGAUGAAGAAAAGAAUCUCUCAACAUUACAAACCGCUAAGGUCAGCAAAUACCUUAUGGGUAUUUAUAACAGUAAGCCAGAGAGGCAAGAAGAGAGUGACUCAUCAGAUGAAGAUGAUGACCAUGUCCCAGCCAACGCUCAGAAUAAUGUGAUUGAUCCCAGUGAACCAGGUAGCAGCACUGGAGAUAGGCCUGCUUCAAAGAGAAAGAUAGAGCAGGAUUCUAAUGACUCUGAUAGGCCUGCUUCCAAAAAGAGUAAGAAAACCCAGGCUUCUAAUGACUCAGAUUCGGAGUCUGAGUAUUAUACUCCUAAAAAGAAGAAAACUCAGAAAAAAAAUGCAGGCUUCUAA